AUGGCGGAGGGCGGUGAGCGCAUUAUUCUCGAGGAUUUUCUGCUGGUGGAAGAUGCGCUUCUGCUGGAAGAGAUGGCUGAGGAGGAUGAUGAACUCGACCUGUACAACGAGAUGACUUUUGGGUUAGACCGAGACUCCACAGAGGAGGAUGUCCCAAAACUCUUGGAGGUACCAGAGAUAAACCCUGAGGUGGCCAAAGCACUGGUAGAGGCAACUGGAAGAACGGCUGAGCAGCUGGAGGAGCUGGCCGAGGAGGAAGGCGGGAUAGAUCCCGAGGUGGAGCAGGUUAACUUUCAGUUGGAGGAAGAGGUAGAAGAGCUGGGUGCUGAGGAACAGGAGGACGAUCAGGAGUGCUUUGAGGAGCCCGGUGAACUGGGAGACCCAGCAGUGAUGAGAGCUGUGCGGAGUAAACCCACGCUGGAGAGCCAGGACUCAGCAGUGCUGGACAGCAGGAUUGAUACUUGCUGGGGAGAGUUUGGCAAGGAGGACAUGCUAACGAUGGAUCCCACGGCAUGGGACUCCUGCCCUGGCAGUGUCUCACACCACCUCAUGCUGGAGGAUAAAGCCAUCCUCCAGGUCCUGGAGAGACCUCCACCAUCUACCAACAUGGCCCUUGACUUCCUUGGCUCUCCUGUGCAGAGGGGCUAUGGGAGCUCUCCCCAGCUCAAGUGCCCUGACUUAAGACUGAUGUCCCCCAAGCCUUUCCCCCAGUGCUUUCUCCAGCAGGCACCUGUGAUGUCUCCUCGCUCCCCAUGCUCUCCUCUACCCUUCCCACCAGCUUGCAGACCCCCUCCACUCUUCACUCCCAACCAGACAGCAGGGUAUGCACCUCCGACCCCUUUCCAGCCUGGGUCUCCCACCGUGGGCAGCCCACCACGACCCCUGGGCGUGUGCUUCAGGCCCAUGUCCUCUUCUUUGGACCCUGCUCUCUUCUUCAGCCCCUCAGCCAUGGGCCAGCUGAACUUCAGCACACCUAGCCACAUGACCCAGCUGCACCCCCAGCACCAGCGCAUCCUGAUGCAGCAGGGCAGGCAGGCGCAGAGUGUCUCCCCCAAGAAGCUGUGGUCUCGUAAAGCAGACCCUUAUGCUGGGCUGAUGACUUCCAAGGAGAAGGACUGGGUUGUCAAGGUGCAGAUGAUGCAGCUGCAGAGUAAGAAUAUGGAUGAUGACUACUACUACCAGACCUACUACCGCCAGCUGGAGCACAAACAGGCAGAGGAGGAGCUGCUGGGCAGACGUAACAAACCCCCCAAGCUGGUCACGCCAUUCAUCCAAAAAGUGGAGACCUAUGACUCUGGUGAGAUGCUGGGGCAGGUGUCGGGGGGGCUGGGCAAGGAGCUCUGGGGUGUGAUGUCACCAUGUUCCUAUUCUUCCGCAGUGGUGCGCAUCGCUGGGUCGCUGGGCCAGGUCACGGUGUCCACCUGCUACAGCCCUCGCCGGGCCAUUGAUGCUGUGCACCAUGCCCUCGUGGAGGAGGAGGUAGGGACUCACCGGUUACGGGCGCUGCACAGGAUUGAGAAGCUCUUCCUGCAGCUGCUGGAAGUGGAGGAGAUACAACAGAAAAUGUCCCUGGCCCUGAGGGAGCAACAACCCCAAAGGCAGGAGCAGAAGAGCCAAAAAGUGGAGAGUAUCUACCAAGCCUUGAAAAUCAGAGCUUGCAGCAGCGAAGAGGAGGCAGAAGAUGAAUUCCUGCAGCUGCUGUGUGUGCGCAAGGGCAAGAAGAUCGUGGCCCGGCUGCUGCCCCACCUGAUCAGAAAUCAAAGGGAGAAGAUCCUGCUGACCAUUAUCCACCACCUGCCCUUCCUUAUGAAGAAGGACAUGCUGGAUGAGUCUCUCUCCCUGCUCUUCAGCCCGUUGAAUGAGGUGGUGGGAGAGAUGACCUUCAGCAAACUCAUCGAGGUCCUACAGGAGCUUACCCAGGCUCUACCCGAGUCUUCGGAGCUCCCCCUUACCAUGGCCUUGAAGAACCAGGUAUGUGGCCCUGAGCCUCAUUGUGUCCCUGGGGCCACUGCUGCUGGCUGUGACGCUCCUGGUGCUUUUCUGCAGUUUGGCAUCUCCUUGCUCUAUUCCCUGCUGAGCCAUGGAGAGAGGCUGCUGUCCUCACGUGUGCCACUGAAGCCAUGCAGAGGAGACUUCGAGGCAUGGACAGACACAGUGUACCUGAUGUCCCAGGAGCUGUCGCGCCUGCCUACAGCCUCACUGGCAGAGCCUCUCGUCUUGCCCAGCAACCUUGUCCUGCUCUUCUGCCGCUACCUGGACAAGCAGACUGUCUACCAUCUGGCAGCCAAGAUGGCUGAAUGCUCCCCGCUACCCGCGGAAGCUGACAUGUUCUGCUGAGCCCUGGGGAUGGAGUCCAGAGCUGGUGGUGCUGCGAACGGGCAGGGCCCGAUGCCGUGGCUUUGGAA